AUGAUUAAAAUUGGUAAAAUAACAACCUUCUUUUAUUUUCCUUUGGAAACAGAAUUAGUUGCAUUAUUAGAGAGGAAACAAUGGGACAAAUUAAGAUAUCAGAAUUCUAGGUAUGAAAGUAGCUCUAUUCAAAUCAGUAAAAUAAAGUACCGAGCCAGGAGAACAAAACUGGCAUCACCUAUCUCAUUAAGUUUCUAUUUUUUUAGCUUUAAGAGUUGGAUAAUUAUCUAUGGAUGCUAAAUUCUUGGUGUAGUCAAAGUUAUUAUUAGCACAGAUCAAAGAAAUUAAGGUAGUCCAUGAGGUGUUUGGCUAGACAUCAGUUCUUCACUUCUCAGACCUUUCAAAGAGCUGGGGUUACACUCUUUGGCUUGUCUUUAAGAUCUCUAGGGAUAAGAAAAUUCUGUCUGAUAAGCGAUCGUAGUUCCUUCAAAGUUAAUUAAUAGUGUAGUUUAGAGCACCAUCCUAAUGUAGGAGCAUGAGAAUGAAAGUAUGGUUGGUUAGGUUUGUUUUUAUAAGUUCACUUUGACUUCCCCUUCAUUAGAUUUUAUGGUGGCUGACAUUUUGUUACACCGCUAUAAUUCCAGAUUUCUUAUUAAGAAGAUGAUUACACAUUAUGUUUUAUUGCAGUAUCUUUGAUAAGUGAAUCACCUAUAUCUAAGUUUUUCUAAAUGUGCUGUAUUUGAAAGUAAUCUAAGAGUAUAUAUCCUGCUUUAA